GCUCGCAGGGAGAGGUAUUUUCGCCAUCGACCUCCUCUUCAGCCUCGCCGGGGGGUGGAAGACCUUCACCGCUAGACCUCCAUCUGGGCGAGGACGACAACCUUGGCGAGGGCUGUUCGAUCAUGGACGCGUUAACGAAGACCCCCGAGGGAGGAGCUGCGCUUCAAGCCCUCAUUGCGCGUGUCGCCAUGGCGAACGCCACCCAGACAGUCGAGCAGUCUGCUUCGAGUCGACAGAUUGCACUGACGCCUGCUACGUCGCGAGGUGAAAGAGAAGGGCAGGACGUCACUCAGUGGCAUGCGGUGCGCUAUCCUGGCGCCCAUCACGGGAGCUUACAUCGGCCCGAAGGUCUACCUGAAGGACAAGGACGGUUCUGUCCUGGUGACCACAGACAAGGCAUCUUUGGACAACUGCACUGCAAUGGCAGCGGCGGCUGCCGUGCUGGGCACUCCGCAGUCCACCCCCAAGCAACUCAAGAACUACGCCAUGAACACUGUUUCUGGUCGGCGUUCCGACUUCAUGUCAGCCCAGAGGCGUGCGACUCGGGAGGCUCUGCAUGGUCUGGUCGACAUCAUUCGCGAUGGGCGUUGCGUACCCCCUUUUUUAGAGGGUGAGCCAGACCCUGAGUCAGGACCAGAAGAAAUCGUGAACGGUAUUUCCUACCUGGUGGUCGACCGGAACUGCACCGAAGCAGAAAAGGUCGACCAGAUCGAGGGGAACGAGCAAGAAGGCGACGGCGACGAGUCGGGGCACGACCGCGAGGGCCAGCAGCAGGUCGAGGGCAAUGGUGAAGAAGGGAACGAACAAGUCGACGGCAACGGCGGACAAAGCGGCGACCAGGGCAGCGACCUCGAGUCGGGGCAGGACAAGGAGGCAGAUAGCCAGGAAGGCAACAAAUUUACCCGUACGGCGGACUUAACCUUUCAUUCAGUGCCAUGUAGUUUCUCUCCGUGCAUGAUGUCGUACCCCAGCCCACUGUUUUUUUUACUCUUGUGUGAUGAGGUGGUCCUACAGGAGACGUUUUUCAUCAGUUUACACAGGGGAUCCCCAGGGGGAGCGGUAUGAGACGACGUUUUCCUUGUUUAGGUAAAGGCAAAAUUAUGAGUGAAGGCUUUUGGGAGGAGAUGCAGGGGCUUUCGUUGGCGAGAUGUGCGUUGAUGAAUAUUCAUCGCAAGCAGAGAAAUACAGAGUACAGACCAGGAUGUGCGCAUGGCAAACGCUUUUUUCAUGCCAAUAGUAACGCGUGUGGGAAAAUCUUGGAAUUGAAUGAGAGGGCGUGGACGGGGGGCUGCGCGUUGUAAGCGCAUGCGUGUAGCGUGUGACGUACAACACGCGUUAUUUUUGUUCAGUAAUAUAAGAUGGGUCUAAUAGAAACCUGUCUCCUCAGCGUUUGUGCAAAUUUGCAUAGUG